ACAGCCCGGGCGGCGGCGGUGGCCGAACCCCCGAGGGCGAAGCGGCGGCGGAGGCAGUGUCGCGUCUCGGGAAGAAGCCGGGGGCCGCGGGCGGCUGUGCGGCGGGCGAGCCCGCGAGACCUCACCUCCCCACUUAGCCUCAGAUUCAUUACUAAACAUGGGUGCAUUUUUGGAUAAGCCCAAAACUGAAAAACACAAUGCUCAUGGUGCUGGGAAUGGUUUGCGUUAUGGCCUGAGCAGCAUGCAAGGAUGGAGAGUGGAAAUGGAAGACGCGCACACAGCUGUUGUGGGUAUCCCUCACGGCUUGGAAAACUGGUCGUUUUUUGCAGUUUAUGAUGGUCAUGCUGGAUCCCGAGUGGCAAAUUACUGCUCAGCACAUUUAUUAGAACACAUCACUACUAAUGAAGAUUUCAGGGCAGCCAGCAAGUCAGGCUCUGCCCUUGAGCCCUCAGUGGAAAGUGUUAAGACUGGUAUCAGAACGGGCUUUUUGAAAAUUGAUGAGUAUAUGCGUAACUUUUCAGACCUCAGAAAUGGGAUGGACAGGAGCGGUUCAACUGCAGUGGGUGUUAUGAUUUCACCUACACACAUCUACUUUAUCAACUGUGGUGACUCCCGAGCUGUUCUGUGUAGGAAUGGACAAGUCUGCUUUUCUACCCAGGAUCACAAACCUUGUAAUCCCAUGGAAAAGGAGCGCAUCCAGAAUGCAGGAGGCAGUGUAAUGAUACAGCGUGUGAAUGGUUCAUUAGCAGUGUCUCGUGCUCUGGGGGACUAUGAUUACAAGUGUGUUGAUGGCAAGGGCCCAACAGAACAACUUGUUUCUCCAGAGCCUGAGGUCUAUGAGAUUCUAAGAGCAGAAGAGGAUGAAUUUGUCGUCUUGGCUUGUGAUGGGAUCUGGGAUGUGAUGAGUAAUGAGGAGCUCUGUGAAUUUGUUAAGUCUAGGCUUGAGGUAUCUGAUGACCUGGAGAAUGUGUGCAAUUGGGUAGUGGACACUUGUUUACAUAAGGGAAGUCGAGAUAACAUGAGUAUUGUAUUAGUUUGCUUUUCAAAUGCCCCCAAGGUCUCAGAUGAAGCAGUGAAAAAAGAUUCAGAGUUGGAUAAGCACUUGGAAUCACGGGUUGAAGAAAUUAUGGAGAAGUCUGGGGAGGAAGGAAUGCCUGAUCUUGCCCAUGUCAUACGCAUUUUGUCUGCAGAAAAUAUCCCAAAUUUACCUCCUGGGGGAGGUCUUGCUGGCAAGCGCAAUGUUAUUGAAGCUGUUUAUAGUAGGCUGAAUCCACACAAAGACAGUGACAUGGCCUCCGAGGAAGCAGAGGAAAGUGGAUCACAGGGGAAAUUGGUGGAAGCUCUCAGGCAAAUGAGAGUUAACCAUAGGGGAAACUACCGACAACUUCUGGAGGAGAUGCUGACUAGUUACAGGCUAGCUAAAGUAGAGGGAGCAGAAGGCCCGGCUGACCCAGCUGCUGCAGCUACUUCUUCGAACAGUGAUGCUGGAAACCCAGUGGCAAUGCAGGAAAGACACACUGAUUCAGAGAGUGGUCUUGCUGAAUUAGACAGCCGUAAUGAAGAUGCAGGGACAAAGAUGAGUGGUGAAAAAAUAUGACCUUUUUUUGGGUAAUAUUUUUGUGAUCUUGAUUUGACAGUUUUUACUUAGGAAGUAUAAUGUGUGCAUUUAUAUAACCAUUUUGUUAUUUGAAUCUUGGAAAACUAGUUUUCAUAUAUUCCUAUAGCCUUGUUUUUUUUUCAAGGCUUUUGCUUACACCUUUAUGAUAGUUUAAGAUUGACUAUUUAUAGUAUUUUGAAUUUAAUGAAGUUAUAUGUCAUUUCACAUUGUAUGCUAGAAAAUAGGUUGCCAUUAUUAAAUUUAGUUUAAUUCUUAAUAGCUAGGAUUAGAGAUUACUGAUUGGAAAGACAACUAUACAUUGUGAAAAAAUUGUUAAUGUAGAAUUAACAUUGCUUAUGUUAUAUACUUGUGUAGUUAGCUUUGUAAUACAUUUGUGUUUACUUAGUAUUUUAGUUCUUCAAAGAAUGGCUGGUGCUGGCCUAUAUUUUCUUUCAGAGUUGAUAUCUGUGUGUUGUUUGAUUUGUUUAUAUUUUACUCCUCUGUAGUUUUAUUUUUAGAAAUUACUGAGAUACUGGAUGUGUGGUUAUUUUUCCUUUCUCUGUAUUCUUUAUAAAACAUUUUUUAAUGAACUAUGUAUUCAUAUAGCUUUCAUUUGUGUAUUCUGUAUAGCUUACUAUACACAUAAAAAUGUAUGUCAACUAAGUGUUUAGAAUGAAAUUAUCAGUGUUUAUGUCCAAAUAAAGCAUGUGAUGUGGAAUAAUCUAUGCAUGUUGUACUUUUUUUUUUAGUUUUUAUUUAUUUAACAAUCAGGUUUGGGA